UCCACUGCUUCAUGUUGGAGUUUAUUCAACAACUUUCCUUUGCAGAGCAGGUCUCCUGAUCGUCAUGUUUUAUAAAACUAUUUAUGUUGCUGUGUCUGUCCUGGCUGUGACCACAUUCACAUACUUAGACGUUUAUCCAAAGGAUGUUUUGGCAAAAAACUAUAAACUCAGCCGAAUGUCACCAUCACAACAGGAGGUUUUGGAAAAGGUGACACAAGAACCAGAACCUGAGAAGGUAAACCAGGAAGAGCUCAGCCUUAUGUCACCAUCAGCAGAGGAUCAGCAGGAGGUUCUGGACAAGAUGAAACAAGAACCUGAACCUGAACCUGAACAGAUUAUGCACCAAGUUCAAGAAGACGAAAUUAUCUUGACAUAUUCAGUCUUUAUUACACCUGUCCCUCCUUCUGUUGUCAUCCUUCUCCUCAUUCACUCAUAUGUAGUUUACAUAGUGGCAUUUUCUUCCUCUGUCACCAUUGGGAUCAUCCUUGUUGUUAAAGUCAGGAAAGAUGAGCAGAAACAACAAGGUACAAAUAAAGAGGAACAAGAUAACCAGGAGAAAGAGGCUCAUAAGAUGAAAAUAGGAAAAGAAAAGAUCAAUAAACUGACAUAUAAAAAGAAAGAAACAGAACAGAAAGAGAAUCAGUUAAAGACCAGACUUGCUGAUCGAGAAGAUGAACUGAAAACAUGCAAAGAAGAACUGGAAAAGGCAAAAGUAAAGAAUUUUAGCCUGACAGAGAAAAUAGAAGAACAAGAAGAGAAAGAGAAAGAUUUCAUCUCCAGACUGAGAAAUGAAAGAGACGAGAUCAAUAAACUGACCGAACAAAUGAAACAACAAGAACAGAAAGAGAAUCAGUUAAAGUUCACACUUGGUGAAAAAGAGAAAGAAAUCAAUAAGUGGAAAAAGGAACUUGAAGAAUGUAAAGAAGAACUGGAAAAGGAAAAAGAAAACAAUUUUAGCCUGACAGAGAAAAUAGAAGAACAAGAAAAGAAAGAGAAAGAUUUCAUAUCCAGACUGAGAAAUGAAAGAGACGAGAUCAAUAAACUGACCGAACAAAUGAAACAACAAGAACAGAAAGAGAAUCAGUUAAAGUUCACACUUGGUGAAAGAGAGAAAGAAAUCAAUAAGUGGAAAAAGGAACAUGAAGAAUGCAAAGAAGAACUGGAGAAGGCAAAAGAAAACAAUUUUAGCCUGACAGAGAAAAUAGAAGAACAAGAAAAGAAAGAGAAAGAUUUCAUCUCCAGACUGAGAAAUGAAAGAGACGAGAUCAAUAAACUGACCGAACAAAUGAAACAACAAGAACAGAAAGAGAAUCAGUUAAAGUUCACACUUGGUGAAAGAGAGAAAGAAAUCAAUAAGUGGAAAAAGGAUCUUGAAGAAUGCAAAGAAGAACUGGAGAAGGCAAAAGUAAACAAUUUUAGCCUGACAGAGAAAAUAGAAGAACAAGAAGAGAAAGAGAAAGAUUUCAUAUCCAGACUGAGAAAUGAAAGAGACGAGAUCAAUAAACUGACCGAACAAAUGAAACAACAAGAAGAGAAAGAGAAUCAGUUAAAGACCAGAGUUGGUGAACGAGAAGAUGAACUGAAAACAUGCAAAGAAGAACUGGAAAAGGAAAAAGACGAGAUCAAUAAACUGACCGAACAAAUGAAACAACAAGAACAGAAAGAGAAUCAGUUAAAGUUCACACUUGGUGAAAUAGAAAAGAAAAUCAAUAAGUGGAAAAAGGAUCUUGAAGAAUGGAAAGAUGAACUGGAAAAGGAAAAAGACGAGAUCAAUAAACUGACCGAACAAAUGAAACAACAAGAACAGAAAGAGAAUCAGUUAAAGUUCACACUUGGUGAAAGAGAGAAAGAAAUCAAUAAGUGGAAAAAGGAACAUGCAGAAUGCAAAGAAGAACUGGAAAAGGCAAAAGACGAGAUCAAUAAACUGAUCGAACAAAUGAAAGAACAAGAACAGAGAGAGAAUCAGUUAAAGUUCACACUUUGUGAAAUAUACAAGGAAAUCAAUAAGUGGAAAAAGGAUCUUGAAGAAUGCAAAGAAGAACUGGAAAAGGAAAAAGAGGAGAACCAGAAGCUGCAGAACAAAGUCAAGACUGAACUGGAGAAGCAGAAAGAUCAGCUGCUGCAAAAACUGAAAGACGUUGAGACGAAGAGGAAGGAAAACAAAGAGGAAGUUCAGAGAGUGGAUAAAAAAAUAACUGAGAGGAAAAACUCUGAUGAUGAUGAUGAUGAUGAUGAUGAUGAUGAUCAUGAUGUUUUAUUAGGAGAAAAAGAAGAACUGUUAAAGUCUCAGUGGAAACUGGAUGAGGAGAAGAAACUUUAUGAAAGACAGAUACUGACCAUAGAGAAAGCUUUGGAACCUAUAGAGAUACAUAUGAUGAGAACAAUGGAGAAAAACAAGAAUGUUUAGAAAAUAACAAGAAAAUGUGUCUAAAACAGAACAAAGGACUAAAAAACUAUUGUGAAGUGACUGAUCAGCAAGAUUUACUGAAACUAGAUUAUUAUUGGUUCUGCUUCUCUUUAGUGUUUCAGCAACAUUUUAAAUCUCCUCUCAGACCCACUGUCUGCUUCAAAAAGGCUUUUAUUAUUUUACAAUUUAUGAUCUGAUUCUAAUGAAAUGAAAACAGCAACAACCAGAAUAUUUAACCAGGAACCAAAACUAUUCAAAAUGAAAUGAACUGAAGCAACAUAGACAAUAAAACAACAACUGCUGAAGACUGAAUCAAUAAUAUUAUUUUGUUAAAAAUGUCAAAUGUAAAUAAAGGUUUUAACAUCAAAUGUAUAAUUGUAAAGCUCAUAUCACCAGCUCAGGUUAUUGAUCAUGUUAGAUGCUUAUUAAGCUGUUUAGUAAUUUGUUUGCAUAUUUUUAAAGACGUUUUUUAACGUUAAAAAUAAUUUUCAGUGUUUGUGUUGAUCUUUCUUUAGAAUACAUGUCAUAUUUUAUGUGUUUUAAUUUGAUUUCCACAGAAAUUUGGUGCUUGUAUUUAAUUAAUAAAAAGAAAAUAAUGUUUUGAAUGAUAGAACAAAUUGCAGGACUAAAAUAUUUGGGAAUUCAGAAAAAUAUUGUAAAUAUGAAAUUGAUUAAAGAGGCAGA